AUGGCGAAUCACUACGGAGCUCAGGUCACCGCGAAUCAGGUUGGUUCGUACUUUGUUCAGCAGUACUAUCAGGUGUUCCAACAGCAGCGGGAUUAUGUGCAUCAGUUUUACAAUGAGUCGAGCACCAUGCUUAGAGUUGAUGGAGAAAUCAGCCAUUCAGUUUCUGAUAUGGUGAAAAUUCAUCAACUGCUCAUGUCACUAAAUUUCACUGGUAUUGAGAUCAAGACAAUUAAUUCACUUGAAUCAUGGAAUGGUGGUGUUCUUGUGGUGGUUACUGGUUCCGUCAAGUCGAUAGAUUUCAAUUAUUGGAGGACGUUCAUGCAGACCUUUUUCCUUGCUCCACAAGAGAAAGGUUAUUUUGUUCUGAAUGAUAUGUUUCAUUUUGCUGAUAACGAAGUGGCACACCAAUCUUCUGCACAAGUACCAAAACAGGAAAAUAAUGUUGAUUAUCACCCGGCAGUUUCUACUCAUCAUCCUGAUCAAGCAGGUACCAAUGAUUGA